AUGCUCAGCGGAUUAUAUACUUCUAAAAACUUGUUGUGCACUCAAUGUGAAUCGGUCGGGUUUCGCAGAAUAACUUUUUUUAUAGAUCGUCCAGAUAAUCUGACGAAGAUUACGUCCACUCUUAUAGAUAGUUCUAAUUCGUAUGAAGUAAUGUUGUCAAACGGAAACAUUGUUGAGCAGGGAACUAAUAAAGAAGGCAAGAAGUUUGUUACGUACGACGAUCCUAACCCCAAACCGUGUUACUUGUUUGCGAUCAUUGCUGGUCCUCUUAAAUCUUUAAGUUUAGAGUAUGAAUAUACAGAGGGCGUUGCUAAAGGCAAAAAAAUUGACAUCAAGAUCUACUCUGAAGAAAAAUAUAUGAAACAGCUCGAGUGGGGACUACAAUGCGCCAAAAAAGCGUUUGAUUGGGAUUACAAAUACAUGCACAGAAUCUAUGAUUUAGACCGUUUUGGUAUCGUAUGCAUUGAGGAUUUCAACGCUGGCGCUAUGGAGAACAAAGGACUUACAACAUACAACGUUUCAUGUAUUUUAGCUCAUAAAGAUUCUUCUACUGACGGAAGAUUUAAGCACGUAAACUCCGUUAUAGGACAUGAGUAUUUCCAUAAUUGGAGUGGUAAUCGAGUUACUUUACGUGACUGGUUUGAAAUAACUUUAAAAGAAGGUUUCACCAAUUUACGAGAACAGCUUUUCAGCGAACAUUGCUAUAGCGAAACCGUAGAACGUAUAUCAGAGGUUAACUUCCUUAAGUCUUAUCAGUUCCCUGAAGACUCUUCUCCACUAGCUCAUUCAAUACGCCCAGAGACUAUUGAGUCAGUAGACAACCUGUAUACGGUCACUGUUUACGAGAAAGGUGCUGAAGUCAUUAGAAUGAUGAAAACCAUAUUGGGUGACGAGCUCUUUGUAAAAGGUACCGAUCAUUAUUUUUCUAAAUUCGAUGGGAAAGCUGUAACUAGUGAAGACUUCAGGGAAGCUUUGAGCGAAGCUUCCGGUAUAGACCUAUCUCAGUUCCAUGUAUGGUACGAACAAAAAGGUACUCCAAGCUUAGAAGUAGUUAAAAAUUACUACUGCAAAGAAAAAAACGCCUACAUCAUUGUUGUCAAGCAGAUCGUACCUGAACAAGAUAAUGAGAAAAAGAUGCCCUAUCCAAUUCCCAUUAAAUUUAAUCUUGUAGGAAUCGAGUCUAAAAAAGAUCUAGUACCAAAAAGCGAAGAAAUAUUACUUCUGAAAGACUUUGAACAAGAAUUUGUUAUUAAAGGAAUAAAUGAAAACGGUGUGCUUUCGUUUUUGAGAGAUUUUAGCGCCCCGGUAUCCGUUAAAGAUUUUCUGUCGAAAGAAGAAAUUCUUCACCUUUUCAAGUAUGAUUCAAACUUAUACCAAAAGUGGGAAGCUGUUCAACGUGUAUUCCGUGAUGAAAUUAUCAGAGCUUACAAAUCCAAAGCUAAACAAGUCACAUUAGAAGAAGACACUAAAAAAUGUCUUGAAUGUCUGGUCGACACAGUAGAUGAUUACGAAUAUCUUGCUAUGGCUCUAUCGCUUCCAACUGUGAGUGUCUUGCUUCAAUACCUGUAUGAUGUUGACCCGAUAGAACUUGACAAAACCUGCAAAGCUGUGUAUAGAGCUUUUAAAAAAGUUUUACAUUCGCGAAUGGAAUCAUUAUUUACAAAACUUUAUGCAACUUGUAACUCUGCCGAAUGGAACGCUGAUAGGGAAUCUGUCGCCAAUCGUGCCAUUAUGAAUAAAGCUCUCAACAUCAUCGCUUCGAUUGAUGAAAUCGAUGCCGAUGAAAACCCAAACAAGAUCAAACGGCUUAUUGAGUACUUUGACAACGCCAAUUGUUAUAAUAACAAACGUGUUCUUACUGAAAUGCUCGAACAAACUUUAUCCCCGGGUGUUCGAGAAAUAGCAGCUUCGUGUCAAAUCAAAUUGUGA